AUGAAAUUAUCAUUGAAAUCUCGUCAAACUUCCUCUGAUGGUUUUAAUUUUCCAUCGGAAGAAAUCGGCGGUCAUUGUCUAAAGAUAAGUAAACUUCUUCUAGCUGCUUUACUUUCGGUUGUCUUUGAUCAAAGACAAUCGGAUGAGCAAAGUGUUCGAUCGGCUUUUGAAAAUUAUAUUAAUGAUAUCUCUAAACUUCUACUUGACACAAAAUCUAAUCGUAAUAAUCCUGAACAUUUACUAAAUAUUCGUGUAAAAAUAUUAACUGUACUUCGUAAUGUUGGUGCUCAUCGAAGGGGUGGAGGUGGAUGUGAUUGUGAGUGA